UCAUCGGAGCGUUGUCAAUCAACCACCAGGAUCAAUCCGGGAAAAAAAAUAUAAUCGAAGAGAAAGGAAAAGAAUAAAAGAAAACUAAAAGAUUCAAAAAAAAAAAAAAUAAAACGCAAAAAUCGUGUCCGAUUUCAUCUCGGAUCUCUCGACUCAUGGCCAGUAACAUUAUUGGCAAUCGGAACAGCACGCCCGACGCUUCCAAAUCCUCCCUCCGUCCGCCCUCGUCUGCUCGUGCUCUUGGUUCGCAUCCGCUUCGAGCAUCGGCCGAUAUGUCGGGUUUCCCCUCGCCUCUCUCCUCGCGGAGCAUCCGUCCCUCGUCCGAGGUUUACUUCAACCACCAGGCUCAAACCCCCAAUCCCGCGGAGGAUCCCUUGGACCGGGCGGCGCAGCAGUGGCUGGCCGACAUCGAUCAGUAUGAGACCACUCUGGAGGAGAUGGCCGCUGCGACGCUGGACCAGGACUUCAAGGAUGAACUAAGCGCCAUCGAGCAGUGGUUCCGCGUGCUCAGUGAGGCGGAACGCACCGCGGCGCUCUACGCACUCCUGCAACAGACCACCCAGGUCCAGAUUCGUUUCUUCAUUCAGGUGCUGCAGCAAAUGGCCAAGAGCCACCCGAUGUCGGGUCUGCUGUCGCCGGCCAAUUUUGGGGAAAAAGAUGCCAUGUCCAACCGCCUGAACGACGCCAUGUCCAAGCUGAACGUGGACAGUUCGCGGAGUUCCCUCGGCCGCCCCCCGCCGUCGCCCGGUGCCAAGCGCAACUCCGGUCUGGACACGUCGACCAUCAAUGCCAUGUUCCCCGACGCCGCCGCGGCCAUCGCCAAGAAGAAGGCCGAGUUCACCCAGCAGACGGGCAACGCGCCGCCCUCCAACCGCAACAGCGCCGUCUUCGGGGACCGGACCUCCUUCGUGGCCCCCACCAUCUCUGCUCCGGACAGCAGCGCGGACACGCUCGGCCAGCCCCCGAUGUCCCCGUGGGCCCAACGCGGCGCCGGUGAGCCGCAGCCGCCCAUCGCCCGCCCUAAGUCUUCGUCCGGCCACCAGCCCAUGGGACAGUUCAGCCAGGCGCCGUCCGGCCUGCGGUCGCCGCUGCCGACACAGACCACGAGCAUCACCGCGCCCGAGAUCGAGGCGCCCCUGCUGUCGCCGUACAACGUUGGGAAUGCCAGCUGGGCUUCCAUGACCAACACCCCGAUGACGGCGACCUUUGGACAGCAGCAGCAGCAGCAGCAGCAUCAGUCGUCGCAGCAGAACACGCAGGCCGACAUGGUGGCGAACGCCACCGCGAUGAAACUGGCGGCCUUGUCGACCGUGAACAACCGGAUUGCCCUCGACGACGCGCGCAAGUACCGCCGGGCUCGCUCCAACGACGGCCAGGGGGCCAACCAGUCCAACGCCAACGCGGGUCAGAACGUAUCGCAGGGGCCGCUGAGCCCUGGGCUUCCGGGACCCAACCACCUCAUGGCGGGACAGCUGUUGAACGCCCAGCAGCUGGCCGCGCUGCAGGCGCAGCAGCAGGCGGCCAUCGGGGGCCGUCGUUCGCGACCCACGUCGCCCGGGAUCGCCCUGCAGGGCGCCGGUGGCUUCGGCGGGAUGGGAUUCACCUCGCCGCAGAACAACGGCUUCCUCGCCGCGUACGACCCCAACAACCCGCUGAUGGGCAACGGGCUGGGGCCCCUGGGGAUGGGGCAGUUCGGACUGGGCGGCCACGAGGGGUAUCUCUCGGACCACUCGGAGGUGACGCGGGGCCGGUCGCCGCGCGGUCGUCGGGGCAGCUCGAAGCCACCUGAGGACCCGACGGAUCCGGCUCUGCUCAAGGACAUUCCCAGCUGGCUGCGCUCGCUGCGUCUGCAUAAGUACACGGACCAUCUGAAGGAUUUGCAGUGGACGGAGCUGGUUGAGCUGAGCGACAAGGCGCUGGAGGAGCGUGGAGUUAACGCCUUGGGGGCGCGGAACAAGAUGCUGAAGGUCUUUGAGCAAGUCCGAGAGGCACGCGCCGACGGCAAGCUGGAAGGGAUCUCGUGAUGCAUCACACCAUUCUCAUUUUUAUUCAUUUGAUUUUCUUUUUUAUUUUCAUUUCGAUUCUCACCUUCUCUCGACUGCAUUAAUUUGAUUGAUUGAUUGAUUAGAUGGAGAUUGGCAUACGUGGCAGGAACCGAACC